AUGUGCCUUUUAUGCAACAAAGUUUUGGGCAAUGACGCUAUGAAACCAUCUAAACUGCAAGAUCAUCUGAGAAGAUGCCACCCUGAUAAAACAGAGAAAGAUUUGAAAUACUUUCAAACACUCAAAGAUAAAUUUCAGAAGAGACCUACACUGGACAGAAUGUUCGCUUCGACGUCACAAAGAAAUGAUGAUGGUUUGCGGGCGUCUUACAAUAUCUCGUUACUUAUAGCAAAAUCCAGAAAACCGCAUACUAUCGGGGAGAAGUUAAUUUUGCCAGCCGUUGAAGAGGUUUUAAAAACUGUUUUACACAAACCUGCAUCUGAUAUCAUUAAAAGAAUUCCCAUAAGCAACAAUACUGUUGAAAGACGUAUUGAUGAAAUGAGUUCUGAUAUUGAAAGCUUCUUAUGUAAUUAUUUGCAAACGACCCAUUUCUCUAUACAACUGGACGAGUCUACUUUACCUGAUAAUGCAGCAUUAUUAUUGGCAUAUGUUUGUUUUAUUAUGAAUCAAGAAAUCUACGAAGAACUGCUCUUCGCAAGAACUUUGAUAACCGACACUAAAGGUGAAUCAAUAUUUCAUGUUUUGAAGGAUUACUUCAUUGAAAAAGUAAUUCCUUUAUCAAGUAUAAUAUCAGUAGCUACAGAUGGAGCACCUGCCAUGGUUGGACGUUAUCGUGGAUUUAUAAGCUAUUUAAAACAAAAUGUGUCAGGGGUGUUAGCAAUACAUUGCGUCAUUUAUCGACAACAUUUAGUUGCUAAAAACUAG